AUGGCUUCCACAUUAUCCUCAAUUACCCUCCGUCCAUCAUCUUAUCCUGCACCCUAUGCCGCUUAUCCUGCGCAUCCCUCAGCCACAUUUCCAAAACAAUCCGUUGAAUUCCCUCAAAAAACCAAUCCCAAUCCCCGCUGUCGCAGCCGCGCCACCUUCCUUCGCCCCCUCGCCGCCGUAGAAGCCCCCGAAAAGGUUGUCGAGCUCGGUGACCAGAUCUCUAACCUGACCCUUGCUGAUGCUCAGAAACUCGUCGAGUACCUCCAGGACAAGCUCGGUGUUUCUGCUGCUUCCUUCGCCCCCGUAGCCGCGGUCGCCGCUCCCGGCGGCGCGGGAGUGGCGGAGGCUCCCGCUGCGGUGGAGGAGAAGACAGAAUUCGACGUGGUUAUAGAGGAGGUACCGAGCAAUGCUAGAAUUGCUACUAUUAAAGCAGUUAGGGCUUUGACUAAUUUGGCAUUGAAGGAAGCCAAAGAAUUGAUUGAGGGAUUGCCGAAGAAAUUUAAGGAGGGAGCUUCGAAAGAUGAAGCUGAGGAGGCGAAAAAGCAGCUCGAAGAGGCAGGUGCUAAAGUUUCCAUUGCUUAG